AUGCUGGUGGCAGGAGUCACCAUGCUGGUGGCAGGAGUCACCAUGCUGGUGGCAGGAGUCACCAUGCUGGUGGCAGGAGUCCCCAUGCUGGUGGCAGGAGUCACCAUGCUGGUGGGAGGAGUCCCCAUGCUGGUGGCAGGAGUCACCAUGCAGGUGGCAGGAGUCACCAUGCUGGUGGCAGGAGUCACCAUGCUGGUGGGAGGAGUCCCCAUGCUGGUGGGAGGAGUCCCCAUGUUGGUGGGAGGAGUCACCAUGCUGGUGGGAGGAGUCCCCAUGCUGGUGGGAGGAGUCCCCAUGCUGGUGGGAGGAGUCCCCAUGCUGGUGGGAGGAGUCCCCAUGCUGGUGGCAGGAGUCACCAUGCUGGUGGCAGGAGUCACCAUGCUGGUGGCAGGAGUCACCAUGCUGGUGGCAGGAGUCACCAUGCUGGUGGCAGGAGUCCCCAUGCUGGUGGCAGGAGUCACCAUGCUGGUGGGAGGAGUCCCCAUGCUGGUGGCAGGAGUCACCAUGCAGGUGGCAGGAGUCACCAUGCUGGUGGCAGGAGUCACCAUGCUGGUGGGAGGAGUCCCCAUGCUGGUGGGAGGAGUCCCCAUGUUGGUGGGAGGAGUCACCAUGCUGGUGGGAGGAGUCCCCAUGCUGGUGGGAGGAGUCCCCAUGCUGGUGGGAGGAGUCCCCAUGCUGGUGGGAGGAGUCCCCAUGCUGGUGGGAGGAGUCCCCAUGCUGGUGGGAGGAGUCCCCAUGCUGGUGGCAGGAGUCCCCAUGCUGGUGGGAGGAGUCCCCAUGCCGGUGGGAGAAGUCACCAUGCUGGUGGGAGGAGUCCCCAUGCUGGUGGCAGGAGUCACCAUGCUGGUGGCAGGAGUCACCAUGCUGGUGGGAGGAGUCACCAUGCUGGUGGCAGGAGUCCCCAUGCUGGUGGCAGGAGUCACCAUGCUGGUGGGAGGAGUCACCAUGCUGGUGGGAGGAGUCACCAUGCUGGUGGCAGGAGUCCCCAUGCUGGUGGCAGGAGUCACCAUGCUGGUGGCAGGAGUCACCAUGCUGGUGGCAGGAGUCACCAUACUGGUGGCAGGAGUCACCAUGCUGGUGGGAGGAGUCACCAUACUUUUGGCAGGAGUCACCAUGCAGGUGGGAGGAGUCCCCAUGCUGGUGGCAGGAGUCCCCAUACUGGUGGGAGGAGUCCCCAUGCUGGUGGGAGGAGUCCCCAUGCUGGUGGCAGGAGUCACCAUGCAGGUGGCAGGAGUCCCCAUGCUGGUGGCAGGAGUCCCCAUGCUGGUGGCAGGAGUCCCCAUGCUGGUGGGAGGAGUCCUCAUGCUGGUGGGAGGAGUCACCAUGCUGGUGGCAGGAGUCCCCAUGCUGGUGGGAGGAGUCCCCAUGCUGGUGGCAGGAGUCCCCAUGCUGGUGGGAGGAGUCCCCAUGCUGGUGGGAGGAGUCCCCAUGCUGGUGGCAGGAGUCCCCAUGCUGGUGGCAGGAGUCCCCAUGCUGGUGGGAGGAGUCCCCAUGCUGGUGGCAGGAGUCCCCAUGCUGGUGGCAGGAGUCCCCAUGCUGGUGGCAGGAGUCCCCAUGCUGGUGGCAGGAGUCCCCAUACUGAGUCUGAGUGCUCCAGUGUCUGAGUGUUCCAGAGUCUCAGUGUUCCAGAGUCUCAGUGUUCCAGAGUCUCAGUGUUCCAGAGUCUCAGUGUUCCAGAGUCUCAGUGUUCCAGAGUCUCAGUGUUCCAGAGUCUCAGUGUUCCAGAGUCUCAGUGUUCCAGAGUCUCAGUGUUCCAGAGUCUCAGUGUUCCAGAGUCUCAGUGUUCCAGGGUCUCAGUGUUCCAGGGUCUCAGUGUUCCAGGGUCUCAGUGUUCCAGGGUCUCAGUGUUCCAGGGUCUCAGUGUUCCAGGGUCUCAGUGUUCCAGGGUCUCAGUGUUCCAGGGUCUCAGUGUUCCAGGGUCUGAGUGUUCCAGGGUCUCAGUGUUCCAGGCAGUCAUGCACCAACACCAAAAAGCCAGUCCACACCUACACCAAAAAGCCAGCCCACACCAACACCAAAAAGCCAGCCCACACCUACACCAAAAGCCAGCCCACACCUACACCAAAAGCCAGCCCACACCUACACCAAAAGCCAGCCCACACCUACACCAAAAGCCAGCCCACACUUACACCAAAAGCCAGCCCACACUUACACCAAAAGCCAGCCCACACUUACACCAAAAACCAGCCCACACCAACAACAAAAGCCAGCCCACACCAACAACAAAAGCCAGCCCACACCAACAACAAAAGCCAGCCCACACCUACACCAAAAGCCAGCCCACACCUACACCAAAAGCCAGCCCACACCAACAACAAAAGCCAGCCCACACCUACACCAAAAGCCAGCCCACACCUACACCAAAAGCCAGCCCACACCUACACCAAAAGCCAGCCCACACCUACACCAAAAGCCAGCCCACACCUACACCAAAAGCCAGCCCACACCUACACCAAAAGCCAGCCCACACCUACACCAAAAGCCAGCCCACACCUACACCAAAAGCCAGCCCACACUUACACCAAAAGCCAGCCCACACUUACACCAAAAGCCAGCCCACACUUACACCAAAAGCCAGCCCACACUUACACCAAAAGCCAGCCCACACCUACACCAAAAAGCCAGCCCACACCACCAAAACACACACAGGCGACCAUGGGCGGUGCCAGCGGCUGA